AUGUCUGUUUAUGCAGCGGAUUAUGAUGACGAGAAUAUUUUUAAUCGCACACCCUCUGAUGAAGAAAUCGAAAGUGAACUAGUUGAAUUACAAGGCGAAGCCAGUGAUUAUUACCAUCGUUUGGAAAUUGUACAAAAUGAACGAUUACAAAAAGAAGAGCAAGAAAUUGUUAAACUAUGGAAAGCACGAAAUACUGUUUUAUCUCGAUUGGGAUCUACAAAAGACUGUCUUGCAUCACCCAUUGACGAAGAUGCAUCUAUUUCAGAGUUCGAAUAUCGAUAUGACGACAAUCGGUCGGUCGCGUCACAUCAAACAGAUUGUCCAAGACUUGCACCAAAACCAGUGUCGGAAAGUCCACGUUUUAUCUUUUCAACACGUUUGCAAAGCCGACCACCAUCAACAGUUAUGCCAUCUGCACCCUCAUCUUCGUUUGUCAAUCGAAAUAUUCACAAUCACAAUGGGCACACAUCUUCGAUAGCGUCACACAGUGAAUUUGACGAUCGCAGUUCUGGAAUAAGUAGUUUGGUACCAAGUCCGGUGCAUAGUCCAGUGAUGUGGCGUGCAGAAAAAAUUCUUGGCCGAGGUCUCUGUUCAUCGGCUAUCGAUUUUAAACGUAUGCAUAUUGAAGAACCGCUUCCAGUCAAACCACAUCGCCGAAAUGAUACGUGUUCAGAAAGCGAUGUUUUCAAAGACGUAAAUAAAUCAAGCAUACAAGGAUUUUUUGCAGCUGCACGCGAACGUAUGGAAGCGGCGACAGCUUCAACAGUCGGAGGGUCAGGAUACAAUACACCAAUGAGCUUUGAUGACCAGUAUGUCAAUGUACCAGCACUAUCAAAUACAAAAAAGACUCAUUUUGAUUACGAUGAAGAAUUCGAAUAUUAUCAAACACAUGUUCUACCAAAGACGAUUCAACAGGAAAAAGAAAGACAAAAGCAAGAGACAACGAUUGAUUUUUCAUUUAAAAUUGGCCUCGACGAACCCGAAGCAAACACGGAUGGAACAAUGAUCGAGGAAGAGCCCCAUUUAUCUAUCAUUGUUGAUAAUAAUAACAAUGGUUUAAAACGUGUUUGUAAUAUCUUCGAUCAACAUAAAUUUGUCUAUGAUCGAGAGAAUAUUGUUCAUGAUCAAUGGUUAUACGGUCUCAUUUCAUAUACCUUCCUUUUAAAGCAAUCAGCGAAGAUGGUUAAUUCAUCAGUAAUGAAAUUGUUACAGCAACAAUUAAAACAUAGUGACACAUUUUGGUUGUCGAAUGGACUAAAACGACGACCGAUAUUUAAUGAUCCAUUUUUCAACAUCGAAGAUUUGCCGACAAAAGGCGCAAAUGGCUUAACACCUUCAACCGCUCCAGCCGAGUCCCGAACUGAACCCGCUUCCGACGGCGACAUACCGCCGAUUCCUGAAACGCGUUUGAGUAAAUUUCGUCAACUAGCUCGUUGCUUUUUUCAUAUCAAUUGCCAAAUGGAAUGGUCGACUGGUGCAUUAAUAGCAAUGAAUUUAUUCUCACCCUAUGAGAAACUAUCGAAACAGCCUCAUCAAACAUGGCGACUACGAUUUUAUGAAGAUUUUGUCGAUUUUAUUUAUCAAACAAAAGACAAAUGCAAUCCAAAUUAUGAAUACAUCAAACGAUUGCAAGCAAAUUUCAUUGACAAGAGUGUUAUCAUUACUACGAAUAGCGAAGGGUUCGUCCUCUACAUCCAAAUGAAAGGCAAUAUCAUGGAAUUGCUCAAUGUCGAACCAUGGUGGAUCGGACAAAAACUACGCAAGGAAAAUAAGCCUGUUAUGAAACCACGUGACGCUCUAAAACGCCAAUCGAAUUCCGGUGUACCUCUACCGAUUUGUUCAACCAUUCGUAUAUCUAUCAAAGAAUCUCGACUAAAAGAUAGUUCUGGCAGACGAAAUGAUCCUCGGUAUCGAGAUCAGACACUCGAAGAAUAUGAAUAUCGAAUGGAUUGCAUCUUGAGUAAUAAUAUUCGUAUAGCCUUUCGUGAAUUCUUGGCGUUUUUCUAUCGUCAUCGAAUACAAAUUUGUUUUGCUGGUUCGAUUACUGAAGUGCCGAAAACACGAGCAUCACGUAUCGAACGCCCAAUAUUUAAUUCAUUUAUCAAGAAUUAUUCGUGGCAAAUGUUAUUGUCAAUCGGCUAUCGUUUUCAACAACGAGCGACACAAAAAUUCAUCGAUUAUUUAAAAGCAGUCGAUACCGAUAACGAAUUCUAUCAAAUCGCGAUCUAUGUUUGGCGUCGUGCGAAGGAAUAUCAUUUUCUUGACAUCGAUGAAGAACUACACAAGUUUACUAACCGUUUACUCGAAAUCGGUCAAGAGACAAAGACAGCGCCUACGCAUGUUGCGUCGUUAACAAAUCCGCCAAAGAAUAAAGCUUAUGCACCGUCAGUUACAAUAACACCCACAACCGUGUGUGUUAAACCAUUUAAACUAGUUAAAACAAAUCGAACCUUACGCGAACCAAAAUUCGGCGGUACUUUCAAUUUCUGUUUAGUUGAAAUACGAGACGAAACCGGUGAAGCCAUCCAUGCGAAUCAUUUCGGUGUGCUUCGUCCAAAAUUUGAAAACUACCUUGCGCAUGGCUUUCAGUUGACCAAUGACCGAGUCUAUCGACACCUUCAUCAUUCUCAAUCGCAACUGAAAGAGAAACAAUAUUGGUUCUAUUGGUACGAUGAGAAAAAUAAAACAAAUCUUUCUUACGAAGAGGCUUACAAUUGGAUGGGUGACUUUCGAAAUGAACGGGUGGUGGCCAAACACUCAGCGCGCAUUGCUCAAUGUUUUACAAGUUCAGAUGCAACGAUACGUGUUCCUUUUGAGAAAACAGAAAUCGUUGAUGAUAUUGAACGCAAUGGUUACAUAUUUACAGAUGGAGUCGGAACAUUUUCAUCGUUGUUGCGAGAUGAAAUUUGCUACAUCAUGGGUUUCCGACGUAAAUUCAGUGUCAUGCAAAUUCGAUAUGCUGGCUGUAAAGGAACUGUUUCCGUCAAUCCUGAUUUAGACUACACAGAAAAACAAUUAAUCUUGCGUAAAUCUAUGCACAAAUUUAUUUCCACUCAUGAUGUUUUGGAAUUAUGCAAAAUAUCAGCGCCACGUCCUUUACAUCUCAAUCGGCAAGCAAUAGCUUUGCUUGAAUCGCGUCUCAUUCCACAUUCGAUCUUUCUUCUUUUUCAAAACCAACAUCUCCUAUGGCUGGUAGAAUCUUUGCUUUACUUACCAUCGGCUUAUGAAUUACUCAACGAACGUCUUGCUCAACAUUUACCGUUGAGAGAUUUGAUACUAACUGCUCAUGUUGAUCUCAUUCACGAACCAUUCUUUCGUCAAAUAAUAACAACAAUUUGUAAACUAGAGAUCAAACGAAUUCAGGAUAAAACACGUAUACAAAUUUCGAAAAACUCAGGUCGUAACAUGUUUGGCAUUGUCGAUGAAACAGGCAUUCUUCAAUAUGGUCAAGUGUUCGUUCAAUAUACAGAAUUAGAUACUGAACAAUUGCAAGAUGGUGGACGACGACGUGGUGGAAAUCGUGAAGAAAUCAAACGGGUCGUUACCGGUAAAGUAGUUGUAACAAAGAACCCGUGUCAUCAUCCUGGUGAUUUGCGCACAUUUGAAGCGGUUGAUGUACCGAAAUUACGGCAUUUAGUUGACUGUAUAGUCUUUCCACAGCAAGGCCCACGACCACAUCCAAAUGAAAUCUCAGGAUCUGAUUUAGACGGCGAUGAGUACGCUGUCUACUGGCAUCCAGAUUUGAUGCCGACAACGGAAAACUUCGCACCAUAUGAAUACGAUUCUCAGGAGAAACCAAAGAAACUCGAUCGACCAAUAACACGUGAAGAUAUUCGUCAAGUCGUUCUCGACAUAUCCGAACAGGAUGCCCUUGGUCGUUUAUCAAAUCUACAUUUAGCUUUGACUGAUAUGUAUAGUAUUCGACAUAAAGAUUCAAUCGCAAUUGCCGAUGCAAUUGCCGAGGAAGUUGAUGCUGGUAAAACUGGCAAGCAUCCAUUGACAGAUGAGCAAAUCGCGGAAUAUGGACGUAAAUUGAAUAAUGCACGAGCAGAUUUCUUCAAUCGACCGAAACAAUACGAUCUCUAUGCGUCAUCAAAUGCAAUCGGUAUACUGUUUCGUGCUAUACGUCGUUCGGAACCGAGCUGGCUGAAAAUCAACCGUUGUUUACAUACGAAAACAACCAUUGGUUUGAUACAAUCAUCGCAUAUCAGUGCACAUCUUCAAAUCGAUCAAUUUCUUAUUCAUUCAUUAGCACAUCUAUACCGUGCUGAUGCCGAACAUUUGUUCAAGCUAUACCACGAUCAAAUCAGUGAUAUUAUGUACGUAUAUCAUUUUCAUUCGGAAGUGGAUCUGAUCUGUCGAUUUGAUUCUCAACAACAAACGAUGUCGAAACAAUAUGACAUUGCAGAUUCAGCUCAACUCGAAUUGGGUCAAUUGAUAAAUCGAAUACAGGGCUUAUUCAAUGAUGGUCAACUACAAACUUAUCAUUCAGUUAAAUGUGUAUGUGAAGACUGUGAUCAACAUCGAAUGGCGUUGGCAUCAGCGUGUUAUAUUGUUACCUAUGAACAACCAUACACGAAAAAGAUUCUUUCAUUUCCUUGGUUGUUUUCUUCCUGGCUAGUUAAAUUACGACGAAUGAAUUUAGAGAGACAAAAUCUUCUCACACCGCCAUCGAAUUAUCUCCUUGUUGGUCAAGCAUUUCUUCAUUCAUUUUUGUUACUAAUUCAACAUCAAUCACUUCGCUUUCGGGUGGAUUUCAAUUCCAACUCAGGGCUGAAUAGCUGCAUACUACAGUUAGCGAUUGAAGCACGACAGGAAAAAACCAUUCGUGUUCGCGUGCAUCUCAUGGAAUGGGCUAUCUUGGAAAUCGCGACAGGUUGGUUAGAUCGACAAGAUAUAUUCUCCAUAAAAAAGCAUGCCUCGAAGACAUCUUCAAGACCAACCAUACUUAUUCGAACAUGGAAACACAUUCUUACCCAGUUUUUAUUCAGUAAACAUCGACCUAAAACUUGUUCAAAUCUUUUACUAAUACAAAACAGAUUUAUAUCCAAAAAGCAAGUAACAGUAACACAUGAAAGUGGUACUACAGCAUCGUUUUCAUUACCACAAUUUGUAUUGUCUCCAUCGACAAACGAAAUUCCACCUGUUGCCGACUGGUGGUCAGACGAAAUGGCUUGUGAGUUUUACAAACGACUGGUGAAUUUAACUGCUCAGUGUUCACGUGUACAUGUGUCAAAAGCGUCAUCGGAACGAAUGGAUAUGGCUCAUCUCAAUGAAUAUUUGAUACUUGGUCUACUUUCGAUUGCUGCUGAAAAUGAAUACGGUAAUGUUACAUGGCAGUGA